GAUGAAUGGAGAGCAGAGAAUGAGGUGAGACAACCUUCCAAACACACCAACAACAGCAAGACUAAAGGCUCAAAGCAAACCUGUCAAAAUACAAGAUGAAAACCAUUCUCUCCAUUGCUCUUGUGCUCCUGGCUCUCUAUCUGGUCUCUGAAGCCCAUGCAGUCCAAGUCAAAGUGCAGGAGGGCGACUUUGUUUUCUCACUGGAAUCAGUGAAGAAGCUCCAAGAGCUGACAGAGAGCAGCAGUGUAAACGGGAAGCAGAAUCCUCAUCUCGCCAGCACCAGCUUUGCUUCCGUCUGUGCUAACCCCUCCCUGCCACAGGAGUUUAUGCCCCUGUGCAUGCAGAGAGGGGCCAGCAUGUCUCUCUCAAGACUAGCUACUAUGCCUAUAGACAUCUGUGAGAUAUGUGCCUUUGUUGCCUGCACAGGCUGUUAGGCAAGAUAUCAACCUGACUGCCAGCAGAAGACAAGCCACCCACAUUAUCAUUCUGCAUAUUGUGACAACAAUGUGGAUUUCAUGUCUUCAAAUUGCCAUCCUCAGACAUGAUUGGCCCAAAAGAUAACUGGACCAGAAAUGUACAAAAAAAUAGAUUAAAUGAUGGAGGCUCAUUUUCUAGAAAAUGUUAUUUGGAUAUUCAGCACUUACUUGUCUACGUAUUUUCUUUUCCUUUUAUCACUUGACUUUUAUUUUGGAAAUGUUGAUUUGUUACAGUUCUAUCUUACCAGUCUUUGUACUCAUUUAAUGUAGAGAUGUAUUUUUGUUUUGGGGGUUUUGCAUUCUUUUGUAUGUUUAUAAAUGUCUCAUGUUUAAUAAAUAAAAAAUUGAAGAACA